AUGAAACAAUAUAAUUCGAGUUCGGGAUUGGGCAGGUGCGUUAUUAGGUGUCUGCCGUUGCUGCUGUUGUGGACUAGUGUUCUGUGGAAUGCUUCUGCCUCAUAUGCACCAGGCACUGUAUUGGAUAUACAACUGGGCGACGUGGUUAUUGAACAGUUUAGGUAUAUACCCACUGGAGGAGGCUACGAGUUUGGCUACACUCUGCCAAAUGGCACGCACCGUGAUGAGAUGGGCGAACUGAUCAAUGAUCGCUCUACCCCGGAAGAUCUUAAGAACGCCAAUAACUAUGCUCGUAAUGGAAGACCGUCGCGUCGUCCGGGUCUUAAGAACCGUAAACUAUCACCCAAAUCUCUAUCAUCGCUGGCCGGUUGAGUUGCAGUUUAGUUUCUUAACGAAAU